AUGACAUUGCUGGAAACGGUUGUUCUUAACAUUAUCGACGACUACGGUAAAACGCACAAGGCCCGAGCUCUCCUCGAUUCAGCAUCGAUGUCGAAUUUCAUUUCGAAACCACUAGCUAAGAACCUCUACAGUCGCCGAUCAACAGUCAACGUGUCCGUCGCAGGCAUUGGAUCAUCCACACAGAAGGUCAGUACUGCCAUUACCGCAACCAUCGAGUCGGGAGAUCGAACGAUCUCGAUGAAAUUGCAGUUUUUGGUAUUGAAGCAGCCAUCAUCGGAGCUGCCAACAACGCCGAUUGACAUUUCGGCAUGGAAAAUUCCGGAUGUAAGGCUAGCAGAUCCUCAGUUCAGUAUUCCCGGAAGUGUCGACCUCGUCAUCGGCAGUGAAACUUAUUGGGAACUCCACACGGGUAGGAAGAUUUGUCUAGGUGAAGGUCUUCCGUGCGUAGUCGAAACCCCAUUUGGUUGGGCGGUUACUGGUCCCGCAGCUCGCACGGCUACCUGCAUUCCAAGAUUCUGCUAUCUCUCCACCGUAGAUGAACGGCUGGAAUCCACUCUACAAAGGUUUUGGGAAAUGGAAACAAUUCCAUCGGAUCCGGUCCAGUCUACCGAAGAAAGUCGUUGUGAGGAGCUGUACGCUGCAACGACUACGCGCGAUUCAUCAGGAAGGUACGUUGUGCGUCUCCCACGGAUUGAAGAUCCCGAAAUCAUGCUCGGAGAAUCGAGAUCAAUAGCAGAUCGACGCUUUCUGAGCUUGGAACGUCGACUCGAGCGAGAUCCUGCGACCAAGGACUCGUAUCAUAGGUUCAUGGAGGAGUAUCUGCAACUUGGACACAUGAAGAAGGUGGAAGAGCCUGUAGAUGACCACAUUCAACACUGCUAUAUUCCACAUCACGUCGUCUUCAAGGAAUCCAGUACGACCACGAAGGUCAGGGUUGUCUUCGACGCGUCAUGCAAGACUUCGUCGGGCUAUUCCUUGAACGACACUCUGCUUGCUGGACCUGUUGUUCAGCAAGAUCUCUACUCGAUCUAUUUGAGAUUCCGGACAAGAGUUGUCGCCAUCGUAGCAGAUGUCGAGAAGAUGUAUCGACAAGUGCUGCAUCAUCGAAUCGACCUAGUAUUCCUCCGCAUACGAUAUCGUAGAAGUCCUACCGAUCCAAUCGCCACAUACGAACUACAAACUGUCACCUACGGAACAGCAAGCGCUCCUUAUUUGGCAACGAAGACACUUCAGCAGAUCGCGAAGGAUCAUGAGCAUUUGUAUCCCGCUGCAGUCAACUCGGUUGUUGAAGAUUUCUACGUCGACGAUCUUUUGUCUGGAGCAUCGGAUGUGGAAGCUGCGAUUAUUCUCCGCCGAGAAAUCACUGCCAUGCUUAGUUCUGCUGGGUUCAUGCUGAAGAAGUGGGCGUCGAAUGCCCAUGAAGUGCUAGAGGGUGUCCCACCAGAGGAUCUUGCAAUUCAGCCUAUCCAUGAUCUACAGGAUGAGCAGACAAUCUCCACACUUGGUCUACUUUGGGAGCCAACCGCCGAUAUGCUACGGUUCAAGGUUGAAUUACCUCUUCCUGCUGCCAUCCUUACAAAGCGGAAAGUGAUGUCGUAUAUAGCUCAAAUAUUCGACCCACUGGGAUUAUUGGGUCCAACGACAACCAAGGCAAAGCUCUUCAUGCAACAUUUGUGGACGUUGAAGCGCAAUGGUGUUUCCUGUGAAUGGGAUUCUCCACUACCAGAGAAACUUCAAGCCGAUUGGAAGCAGUUUCACUCCACCCUCCACAUUCUUGCUGAUAUCCGUAUUCCUCGAUUGGUGUUGGCUUCCGGAGUCAACAAUAUCCAGCUGCAUUUCUUCGCCGAUGCAUCCUCCAUUGCAUACGGUACGUGCUGCUACGUUCGCACGGAAUCAAUGGUAGGAGUAUUUGUACACCUUUUGACAUCUAAGUCUAAGGUCGCCCCGUUGUCUACACAUCAUUCCAUCGCUAGACUUGAGCUCUGUGCCGCUCAUCUAGCUACUCAACUUUACAAGAAAGUAGAAGCGACCUUGAAGGUUUCAGCAACGGCAUUCUUUUGGUCGGAUUCCAGUACCGUGCUUCAGUGGUUGCGUGCAUCUCCAAAUCGCUGGAAGACAUUCGUCGCCAAUCGCGUGUCUAAGAUCCAGACCACCACGGAUAUCAAUCACUGGAGACACAUCGCAGGCUUAGAUAAUCCUGCGGACGAUAUUUCUCGUGGCCUAAAUCCAACGGAUAUUCUGCACCGUUAUCGGUGGUGGCAUGGCCCACCAUGGUUGUCGCAAACUCGCGAUCACUGGCCCAGGACCAUCAUCGAUCAGGAGUACUCCCCCGCAGCGUCCGAAGAAGGGCGCAAAAUUCCGAUUGUUGCAAUGACUGCUGCACAAGCAACUCUCUGUGAGGAUUUGUUCGCACGGUACUCCAGCUACAGCAAACUACGCCGAGUCUUGGCAUUCUGCGAACGCUACUUACAGUGCCUGAAAGAUCGUUCUCUCCUGCGCAAAUCCGAUCCCAGUUUCGCUGAACUAGUAGUACUUCAAGGAGAUAAAGCCGCAUCCGUUUCACGAGUUACCACCACCGAGCUUCAACACGCCGAACAGCUACUGUGCCGUUUAUCACAACGCAAGGCUUUCGCUGAGGAGCUCUCCGAUCUUGCAAAUGGCGAACGCGUCAUUAAGUCAUCUUCACUCAAAUGGCUGAACCCGUUCGUAGACCAAAACGGUAUCAUCCGCGUCGGUGGUCGUAUCCGUAACGCCGCGUUAUCCGACGCAAUCAAACACCCGAUCGUUCUGUCCGCUAAACAUCCGCUGUCUGCUCUGUUGGCUAGCAGUUACCACCAAAAGCUACUGCAUGCAGGUCCACAACUCCUGCUAGCCACUCUCCGCCAGAAGUUUUGGAUUCUGGGCGGCAGAAACCUCAUAAAAUCCGUCUUCCACCAAUGCCACACUUGUUUUAGAAGCAAGCCAACUCUAGUCCAGCAGAGCACAGCCGAUCUGCCGGUAUCGCGAGUUUCGCCGACGCGUCCGUUUUCCGUGUGCGCUAUCGACUACUGUGGACCGUUCUACAUCAAGUCAGCAGUUCGAAAGCGUGGUCCUACAAAAAUCUACGUGGCCAUAUUCGUUUGCUUCUCAACCAAAGCUGUUCACAUCGAGUUAGUGAGCGAUUUGUCAACUCCUGCGUUCCUAGCUGCACUACGUCGUCUAGUCGCCCGCCGAGGAAAAGUCGUCGAGCUCCAUUCUGACAAUGCUACUGCCUUCAAAGGUGCUUCGCAUGCCUUGAAUAGGAUUUACCGAAUGCUAAAGAUUGAAGCUGCUGACCGUGCGCAAAUCUUCGAUUGGUGCUCCGAAAAUGAAAUCGUCUGGAAGUUUAUUCCACCCCGAGCUCCACACUUUGGAGGCCUCUGGGAAGCCGCUGUCAAAUCUGCGAAAACGCAUCUGCUGAAGACCGUUGGUAACGUCAACUUAGCCUACGAGGACCUGUUGACAUUGUUAGCACAAGUCGAGAUGUGCCUCAACUCUCGUCCGCUUACGCCGAUACCCGAGGACCCAUCUGACCUAGAAGUCCUAACGCCAGGACACUUCCUUGUUGGAAGCAGCCUACAAGCGGUUCCUGAACCGAACUGGAAGGAUACUGCUGAUAAUCGCUUGGACCAUUGGGAAUUGACCCAGAAACGGCUGCAGGUGAUCUGGUCGCGCUGGUACCCGGAGUAUCUACAACAGCUACAAUCUCGUGCAACUAAGGGUUGCAAUCCGCCAGUCAUCAUCGAACGUCAUCCGUCAAAAGGCCACGGUCAGUCUACUACCAGCGCCACCGCCGCCGCCCUGGGUCGUCAAGAUAGCUUUUAA